UGCGGGAAAUUACCGGUGUAAGUUGUAACAAUAGCAACAAUAGACAGGUUACAAGAUUAACAAAAAUAAAAAACUCUCCAGUUGUUGUGUUUACCUCAAAAAUUAUUAGCAUAUAUUAAUAAAAGUAUUAAAAAAAAAUUAAAUAUAAUAAAAGAACAAAUAUGAAGUGUACUAUUCCAGAAAUAUCAUGGCAUAAUCGUGAUCCUGUUCUCAGUAUUGAUGUACAAUGUUCAACAGAUAAAAAUGUUGAUAAUGGAAUACCUUUUUGGCGUGUUGCAACUGCAGGUGCUGAUUCACAUGUUUUGAUAUGGCAUUUGACAGUAAAUGAAUUGGGAGUUGCAUCAAUAACAUGUGUAGCUGAUUUUGAUCGUAGUACAAAAGCAGUUAAUGUCGUACGUUUUUCACCAUCUGGUGAGGUAUUGGCAACUGGUGAUGAUGAAUCAACAAUAAUACUUUGGAAACAAAAAGAAGAAUCAAAUUUACCAAUUUUACCUGGUGAUGAAAAUCAAAAUAAAGAACAAUGGAUAUCAUGGAAAGCAUUACGUGGACAUCUUGAAGAUAUAUAUGAUUUAAGCUGGUCACCAGAUUCAAAUUUUAUUGUAUCAGGAUCAGUUGAUAAUACAGCAAUUAUUUGGGAUGUACAAAAAGGAAGACAAAUAAGUAUUUUAAGUGAUUACAAAGGUUUUGUACAAGGUGUCACAUGGGAUCCUUGUAAUCAAUAUAUUGCAACAUUAAGUACUGAUCGUCAAUGUCGUUUAAUUGAUUUAACAACAAUGAAAACAAUAAAUCGUGUUAAUAAAGCUAAAUUACCAACACCAAUUGGUCAUUCAUUAGAAAAUAAAACAGUUAGAUUAUUUCAUGAUGAUACAUUUAAAUCAUUUUUUAGAAGAUUAACAUUUAGUAUUGAUGGAUCAUUAAUAAUAGCACCAUCUGGAAUUAUUGAAUUUCAAGAAUCAACUGAAAGAAUAACAAAUGCAACAAUUGUUUUUUCAAGACAUAAUUUAAAAGAACCAAUUAUGAUAUUACCAUCAUUAGAUGAAUCAACAAUUGCUGUACGUUGUUGUCCAGUUUAUUUUGAGCUUAGAAAUGAUGGUCCAAUUUCAAUGCUUGCAUUACCAUACAGACUUGUAUUUGCUGUUGCAACACAAAAAUCAGUUAUUAUUUAUGACACUCAACAAAUAUCACCAAUUGCUGUUAUAUCAAAUAUUCAUUAUACUCGUCUUACUGAUGUUGCAUGGUCAUCAGAUGGUCAAAUUCUUGUUGUCUCAUCAACUGAUGGAUACUGUUCAAUAAUACAUUUUCAAGAUGGUGAACUUGGUACUAUUUAUAAAGCUGAAAAAUCAAUAAUUAUUAAAAAUUUAACAAUAAAUAAAGUUAAUCAACAAAAACCAAUAGUAGACAAUAAUAAAUUGUCUGAUAAAAAAAAUCAAAAAGAAGAAAUACUUGCUGAAUGUCAUACAGAUGCAAUGGAUAUUGAUUCAACUAAAAAUGAUACAACAAAUGUUGUAUUUUGUACUCCAAAUAUAAAAGAUAAUGACAAAAAAGAUAAUAUUAAUGAUCAAUUAAAAACAGAUGAAGUAUGUGAUGGUUCACAAGAUAUUAAAUUAAUUUACAGUGAUACGUCAACAAUGGAAAAUACAAAUGUUAUUAAUGAUAAUCUACCAAAAGUGAUAGAAACAGUAUCAUCAAAAAUUGAUGAUACAUCUAGUGUUAAAACACCACCAAAAGAUUGUGAUUCAUCAACAACAAAAACAACACCAACAAAACCACCUGUUGCUCAAGUUUUGUUGAACAAAACACCUCGACGAGUUAAAUUAAUAACACUUUCAAGUCCAAAACGAACAAAAAAUCAAUAAUUAGAAAUAAACAUUAAAU